AUGCUUUUGGAACGGCCUCUCUCGUUUAAGCGCGCCUCUGCCCGGCAAACAUUCUAUCCUUACCCAGACUCGCCCGCACUAGGAGAACAAGACCGCAGAUCAAUGUCCACAACUGGCGGAGCAUUGCCUCGGAGGGAGACGUACAGGAGCGGUGUCUACUCAUUGCUUCCUCAAAAGACUGGAGAGCAGCUUGCCCGCACGCGGGAUGACGACGGAUCCGGCGACGAAAGGGACCCAGCAGAGAUCGAAGCUGCAUAUCUGAACCUGGUUGGAGGAGGAGGCAAUCGUUCGCGCAACAUCAGCUCUGAAUUGUCGUUCGGCAUGUCUGGCGACAAGGAUGGUCCAGACGGCGGUGCAUACUCGAGCGAGGAAUCAAAGAGGAGGACAAACUACUACGAAGAGCAGUUUCAAUACAAAGGCAAUGGAUUGGGCAGUGUGCGUGAGAGAAUUGAGAAGGACUCUCCGGUCGUGGCCGAGCUGCGUACCAAUGUCAUUGUCAAGGAUGAAUUCACCCUCGUCACCGACAUGUCGUACAAUCUUAGCCAGCGCUAUUCACGCCCCGAGAGCAGCAUCAUGGUUAAUGUCGAGCACUCUGCCUGCUUGCUGCUCGCCGGCUCUUUCGAACCCGCAUACAUCCUCACCAUCACCGCUCUCCCCUCGCAAUUACAGCCUGUCACCAACAAGCGCAACUCGGCCCUCAUCCAAUCCUUCAUGGCAGACAUCCUUGCUGUCCCACCUGAAAGAGGCAUCCUUCGGUUCCAGCCUGUUGCGGAAGAGAACCUCGCCAUCAACGGUACCACCGUCUUUGGAGAGAUUGAGCGUAUCGAGAAGAGCAGCAUAGACUCCGAUGUGACGGCUGCAAACGCCAUCAAGCGUGCCUGGACCAGAGGAUCACGGAGGUCGGUUCAUGCGAAGAAGCCUUCCGUCAGAAACACCGACGACGUUCCUUCGGCACUUCCACAAGUCGCAAACACACACCUCCCCACUACCAGCCACUCUCGCCAACCCAGUCAGAACCUAUCACAGUCCGCUGUAUCAUUGACGUCCCAUCCGGGGCCUGCAUUCGUCGCCACUGCAACAUCUCCCGUACUUGAGGAAAGGGAGAAGCCGCCACCACCAAACAGAGAACUGCCUCCUACACCGAUUGGAACACCAAACGGCGAAGACAAGCGUAAGAGCAACUUGAAUGGCAUACUCAAAAACGUAUCUGGCUCUCCUCGUCCUGCCUCAGCAAGUUCUCCCAUACCCAAACCACCGCCUAUACCACAGAGCGUAUCUCCCAUCAGUCCCAAGGUGGCCAAGAGGAAGAGUUUCAUUUCCAUCUUCAAACGGUGA